UUUUUUUUUUUGUCGUGAAUGGGUGUUUUUCAAGAAAAAUUAUUUUUAUUUAUGUUACAGAAUAACAAGAAUUUUUUUUUAAAUCAUGUAAUAAACGUUUUCUUUUUUUUUUUAAUAUGAUAUAGCAUGACUUUUGAGAAAUUUAGCUGCUAUUUCUAGUAAGCUGAUUGACCAUGUACAGGCAUCUUCGUUCCACCUUUGUGAAAAGGCAUUUCUAAAAAGAAAUAUUUACAACACCACCGCCCAAAGUCAAUCUCGCUGACUACAACUAUAAUACUGGUGAAAGGAUCUCUUUUUUUCUCUUUUCAUACCAUAAAAAAAAAAAGGAAAAAAAUCCCUAAAACUUAAUUUUUCUAAACAAAUUGAAAUUAUUCAUCUACACCAAUGUGAGGGAGGUAAUAAUAUUUUUUUAAUUUUUUUUUUUACUUCGCUGAAAAUUCAUCUCCCUCAUUUUUAUUAAUUGUAGACGUUAAUUAAUAGAUGAUUGCUAAUUAACUGCGGACAGAAAUGGCUUCAACAUUCUUUAUUAUGUCGAUGUGAAAAAUCUAAACGAAGGUUUGUUGUAAAAUGUGACUAUUUAUAUAUAAUGUGACAUCUUCGUCAUUGGCUCUGUAUUAAUAUAAUAUCAGAUGACAUUGGCAUAAAAGAAUAUUAUUUACCUGAGAUCCAUCAAUAUUCAUCAUCUUUUAAAGACAAACAGAAGAUGUCAUACAGAACAGACAUAAACCCUCAUUAUAUAACUCUGUGGUAGAAUUACUGUGAAAUAUUGACUCUGAACUGAGAUUAGCAAACAUGUAAAAGACAAUUUUGAAUGCUAAUUAAUUUUUGAGUUGAAAGAAGUUUGCAGUAUCAUAGAACCUCUAAAAUCACAGUUAAAGGGAAAAUAACAGGAAAAAUAUUUGUUAGGAAGAAAACAUAAAAGCAAGUAAAGAUAAAAUUCUGUAUAUUGUGUUGGAAGAUAAAAAUAAUGGAAAACCAAUUGUGUGUGUUGAAUGUUAAAUGUGAAACACAGUGUGAAACAAGUGAUUUUCCUGAUAGCUUAAAGAAUGAGAAAGAAAAAUCAUUAUAUCAGUGUGAUAUCUGUAAAAAGUCAUUCUCUCACAAAGGUAACUUAACUACUCACAAACGUAUUCAUACAGGAGAAAAGCCCUUUCAUUGUGAUAUCUGUGGUAAAUCAUUCUAUCAAAAUGGCGAGUUAACUUCUCACAAACGGAUUCAUACAGGAGAGAAGCCAUAUCAUUGUGAUAUCUGUGGUAAAUCAUUCUCUGGAAGUAGUUACUUAACUACUCACAAACGUAUUCAUACAGGAGAAAAGCCAUAUCACUGUGAUAUCUGUGGGAAAUCAUUCUCUGGAAGCAGUGAUUUGACUAAACACAGACGUAUUCAUACAGGGGAGAAACCAUAUCACUGUGACAUUUGUGGUAAAUCAUUUAUUGGAAGUGGUCAGUUAACUAAACACAGACGGAUUCAUACUGGAGAGAAACCAUACCAUUGUGAUGUUUGUGGGAAAUCCUUCUCUACUUGUAGUACCUUAUCUGCACACAAACAUGUUCAUACGGGUGAGAAGCCAUAUCACUGUGAUAUCUGUGGUAAAUCAUUCAUUGAAAAAGUUAACUUCACUAUACACAAACGCCUUCAUACAGGAAAGGAAUUGUAUAAUUGUGACAUCUGUGAUAAAUCAUUCUCUGCACCAAGUCACUUAACAAAUCAUAAACGUAUUCAUACAGGAGAGAAGCCAUAUCAGUGUGAUGUCUGUGGUAAAUCAUUCUCUAGGGACCAUCAUUUAACUAUACACAAACACAUUCAUACAGGAGAUAAACCAUAUCACUGUGAUAUCUGUGGUAAAUUAUUCUCUCAGAACAGUCACUUAACUACUCACAAACGUAGUCACACAGGAGAAAAACCGUAUCAUUGUGAUAUUUGUGGUAAAUCAUUCCCUCAAAAUGGUGACUUAACUACUCACAAGCGUAUUCAUUCAGGUGAGAAACCAUACCUUUGUGACAUCUGUGGUAAAUCAUUCUCUCAAAAAAGUAACUUAGCUACACAUGUAUGUACUUAUAUAGAACAAAUAUUAGAUGGCAUAAAGAACAUUAUUUACCUGAAAUCCAUCAAUAUUUAUCAUCUUUUAAAGACAAUGGAAGAUGUCAUACCGAACAGAUAUAAUCCUCGUCAUCUAAAACUGUUUGAUAUCGAAAUUAAAGCUAAUUUACAAAGGAAUUUGCAGCAUCUUCAAAUAUUGACAAAAAUCACAGUUGAUAGAAAUAUAGCCGUAGAAAUAGGAAUAAAAUAUAUAAAUAAAGGGAAGAACUUUUAUAUUUAUUGUGGUGAGAGAGAAACAAGAAUGGAAGACGAAUUGUGUGAGAAAAAGAUUAAAUGUGAAGCAGAGUCUGAAAUUAUUGAUUUCCCUGAGAAAGAAAAAGGAAAAACAUUAUACCACUGUGAUAUCUGUAAUAAAUCAUUCUCUGCAAAGGGUAAAUUAACUGCUCACAAACUGAUUCAUACAGGAGAGAAACUAUAUCACUGUGAUAUCUGUGGUAAGUCAUUCUCUCAAAAAGGCAACCUAACUAGACAUAAACGCUUUCAUACAGGAGAGAAACCGUAUCACUGUGAUAUCUGUGGUAAAUCAUUCUCUCUAAAUAACCACUUAGCUACACAUAAGCGUCUUCAUACAGGAGAGAAACCAUAUCACUGUGAUAUCUGUAGUAAAUCAUUCUCUCAAAAAGGCAACCUAACUAGACACAGACACAUUCACACAGGAGAGAAACUGUACCAAUGUGAUAUCUGUGGUAAAUCAUUGUCUGGAAGUGGAGAGUUAACUAAACACAUACGUAUUCAUACAGGAGAGAAGCCAUAUCACUGUAGUAUCUGUGGUAAAUCAUUUGCUCUCAGUAGUAACCUAUCUAGACAUAAACACAUUCACACAGGUGAGAGGCCAUAUCAUUGUGAUAUAUGUGGUAAAUCAUUCUCUGGAAGUGGGUAUUUCACUACUCAUAAGCGUAUUCAUACUGGAGAGGAAUCAUAUUAUUGUGAUACCUGUGGUAAAUCAUUCCCUGCACCAAGUCACUUGACUAAUCAUAAACGUAUUCACACAGGAGAGAAACCAUAUGAAUGCGAUGUGUGUGGUAAGGCAUUUUCUGUAAAGCAUCACUUAACUACACACAAACGCAUACAUACUGGAGAUAAACCUCAUCACUGUGAUAUCUGUGGAAAAUUCUUUGCUCAGAACAGUCACUUAACUGCUCACAAACGUAUUCAUACAGGAGAGAAACCAUUCCAGUGUGAUAUCUGCAGUAAAUCAUUUCCUCAAAAUAGCGACUUAACUAUUCAUAAACGUUCUCACACAGGAGAGAAGCCAUAUCUCUGUGACAUAUGUGGUAAAUCAUUCCCCCAGAAAAGCCACUUAACUAAACACAUAAGUAUUCAUACACCAGAAUAAUGAGCUCAUUAUCAGAAUGAAGUUUGUGAUAAAUGCAGUGCAUGAUGUAGCAAGGGGAAUACAGACUUCCCAUGAUGUAUUAUAAAAUCCAUGUUAUUUCGUCCAAUGGUGGAUAGGGGAAUAUAGUCAUUGUCAGGAGGAGUUUUUUCAGGAAGGAUAAUUUUAGGCAGUAGUUCACAUUAUGUUUACAUAGAGCUUCAGUGGUGGGUUUGAAGGUAUGGUCCAUGUUACAGAGGUGGAAGUUUAUAUGUAAAGUGUCCCCCCACCACCUUACACGUAGAUAAUCUGCUCUCUGUCAUAAUUUCCCCCACAACCCAUCUCCCCCUACCACCCACCAUCCCACCAUGUAUGAGGCCUGAUCAAAAAGUAUCCGGACUGCUGCUAUGCUGAUGGAGCCAAAGUAUGCAAAGUGAAGCUGUUUGACAUGAACUGACCUUGAAUUCUGCUGUAAAUGCAUAGAAAAAUGAAACCUCCCAGGUCAUCUCCAUCUGUUCAGUGUUAUGUAGGGAUGGGCAGGUAAGGCUUGGAUAAUGAAUGUGCCUCAUUAUCCAAGCCUUACCUGUUCAUCCCUGCAUAACACUGAACAGAUGCAGAUAACCUGGGAGGUUUCGUUACCUCUUGGCAGAAACAGCCGUAAGGAACUAGCACCUACUAACAAUCUGCUCAUUUACUCAAUUAAUCACCUGUUCCUAUAUGAUUAUAUGCUUCCACGUCCUCAUUCUUGAAAUUACCAACUCUUUCUAUUUGAUAUUCUUUACUACUCAUAAAUGUGUACUCAAAUAAUACAUUGGAAUAAAUAGACAUCCUGGAAUGUUUACUGCCAGAUAUCUGUCGAUUUUGGAUCCUCUCCACUUUCUUAUUUGUCAUAUAUAUAUAUAUAUAUAUAUAAUAAAUAUUUUUUGUGUGUAUGUAUGGGACCUUCUUCUAAUGAGAAGCAUAAUGUAUAUAUAUUAUUAAACUGUAAAUUCAUUAUAUUUAUAUUACUACUACUAUUACUAUUAUCUAUGUUCAUGAAAUGUGUUUCCAAUGUUGUAUUGAAAGAAAUUUGACUACAGAAUUAAAAAAUAAUACCACAAA